AUGCCAGGCCGCCACAGAGACGCAGACGCAGGAUAUCACAGCGACGACGAUUACAGCAUCUACAGGCCAUCGCGGUCGCCCGGCAGACUGGACCAGCUCGCUCGCGCUGUCGACCACGGGAGGUUCCACGACGCCAAGGAGAUUGCCAAAUCUGCCCUGGCCGGUGCCGGAUCCAGGCGGCGCGAGGGCGAGCCCUACGAGUACGAAGCCGCCUUCUCUGACCGUCUGACCCGACGCUGUCACGAUGACGCGCCGGGCCGUGGACACCGAGACGCAGACUACCAUGGCUACGAGGGCCGUCGCCCACGGCCGGGCCCAUCACGUCACAUGGAGGAGAGACAUGUCGGCAGGAGAGAACGCUCCUCUCAUCGGCGUGAACAGCCGCGCGCGCGAUGCCAGAGUGAAAACCGCGUCAAGGAGGCUGCCACCGCGGCCCUGGCAGCCGGGUUGGCAGAGGCCAUCAAGUCUCGCCACAGCCGGGACCAGUCCAAACGUGCCAUUACCGCGGCCGUUGGAGCCGCCGCGGUGGACGCCUUUGUGAGCAAUGGCGAGGAGCAUGGCAAGGGGCGACAUAUUGCGGAGAGCGCCGUCUCCGGCUUGUUGAUCGAUCGCCUUGCACACGGCAGCUCCAAGCACUGA